CUUGUCAGGCUCUAUAUAAAGACUUGGCAACAUAUGUACUGGCAGUGUCAUUGUUCUUAACUUGUAAUAACAUGCCGAGUGAAGUGAUAUUAGUAGCUGUUGAUGCCAGUAAGGAGGUGACUGAUUAUACUCUCGAAUGGGCUGUGCAGAAUGUGAUCAAACCAAAGGACUCUCUCAUCUUGUUGGCCAUUCUUCCUUCAACUUCAUCUCCGUUUCGUGUAGUAGCUGAAAAUAAUCCUCCCCGGACUCUUUAUCAGUUCAUUACUGGUGUGUUGAAGAAAAAGUGUAACCGCAGGGAGAAUACUAGGAAUUUAAAAGAAAAGAUUGCAGAGGAGAAUUGUCGUGAUCAACUGGUCCAGGACACACACGAUUCAUGCACACAGAUUAUUCGCCAACUCUUGAAGCUGCAUAGCAUUGUACAGGUACGUACUGAAGUAAGAGUUGUGGCAGACCAAGCUGCUGAGGGAUCUAUUACUAAAUUAGCACUGGAAAUCGGAGCAACAUGGGUGAUUCUUGAUCGAUGCCUGAAGAAGGAAGACCAUUCUUCCCUAAAACAGCUGAUUAAUUGUAAUCUCGUACUCAUUGACCGUGACAUUCAAAGAGCAUUGAAACCAAUGAACUUGUAUAAAGAAGACAAGGUCAAAGAGGAAGCUAAAUUUCUUGAGAAACCAACAGUGGCUGAUAUGCUAGACAUGUUUCUUAAUGUUAGCAGCACAACAAGCCAGAGUACCAGUCCAGGUUUAGAGGCUACUACUUUUUCAACCUCUUCAUCAUCAUCCCCCAAAAUGUAUGUUGAAGAGUUCCACCAGACAGGAAUCAGUAAGCCAGAUAUAUUUUCCCCUUUAGGCGAACAUCGAGUGGAACUUAAAGCCACGUACAGAGCUCUCAACAGAUAUAGCAAAUCACAACCAUUGAGUCAGACGGUGCUGAGAGAACUCGAAGUCCCUACAAAGUCAAAAUCUGGAAUUCUUGAAGAAAAAAGCGGUCUAUCCAAAAGUAGAAGCGAUAUUAACUGGAAUACUGGCAUCAAAACAUUUCAUCCACCUCAAGUAGCACCAAGGAUAUCUAUCCAUACUCAUCCACCUCAAGUAGCACCAAGGAUAUCUAUUGAUACUAAGCUUUCAAGACCAAAACAGCCAAUGUCAGGAGAACAAAACUUAAGAACAGAAACCAAUCAGACUACUGAAGUUGCAAAGAUAGACAGAUUAUCAAGCAUUAGAAAGGCUAUGUCUGUUUCGGUUAAGCAGCCACCAAUUCCACCACCCCUUUGUUCGGUUUGCAAAAACAAUGCCCCGAUUUUUGGGAGGGCACCAAGAAAGUUCACUUACAUGGAGAUUCAGGAAGCAACUAAUGGAUUCUCAAAAAAUAACUUCUUGGCCAAGGGUGGGUUUGGUGAUGUGUACAAGGGAGUACUGGAUGAUGGUCAGGUUGUUGCAGUGAAGCAACACAAGGUGUUGAGUGCACAAGGAGCCUCAGAGUUUUGCUCUGAGGUUGAAGUCUUGAGCUGUGCACAGCACAAGAAUUUAGUGAUACUGGUUGGUUAUUGCACUGAGAUGGAAUGGCUACUUGUUUAUGAGUUUGUUUGUCAUGGCUCCUUGGACAAGCAUUUAUAUGGAAGAGGUGAGCCGAUGGCAUGGCAGAAUAGGAUGAAGGUUGCAGUUGGUUCUGCAGGAGGCUUGAGAUACCUUCAUGAAGAUUGCAGGGUUGGUUGUAUUGUGCACAGAGAUUUCAGACCUAACAACAUUCUCUUAACACAUGACUUUGAAUCUAUGGUAGGAGAUUUUGGUUUAGCAAGGUGGCAGGCUGAUGGUCAAUCAGCAGAAGAGACACGAAUUGUUGGUGCCUUUGGGUACUUGGCUCCUGAAUAUACUCAAACUGGUCUAAUAACAGAAAAGGCUGAUGUAUAUGCAUUUGGAGUGGUUUUGCUUGAGCUUUUAACUGGCAUUAAAGCAACUGAAUUUGCACGAAAUGCAAAACAGCCCUAUAUGCCAGACUGGAGCCGUCAAUUUCUUGAAAGCAAGGUACCAAGUGAAAUAGUAGACCCGAGACUAGAUCACGACUUUGUAGAGAAGGAAGUGGAGUGCAUGAUCCAAGCUGCAAGCUUGUGCAUCUCACCUGAUCCUGAUCAAAGGCCGAGGAUGUCAGAGGUGCUGAAAAUAUUGGAAGGAUAUAUGCCCAGAGUUGUGCCUGGUCCUCAUUCACAGCCAGCCUCCACAUUUCCUGGUCGCAACUUAAUUGAAGACCACAUAGAUAAUAAAUCAGAAAUUUUAAAGCUUCAAAGAAAUAGACUUGUGUAUGCAGGGAUUAGCGACGAUAAAUGCAAUCCCUUACACCAGGUCCUGAAGGACACUCAACUGCAAAGCAUGUACAAGCAAGUGAGUUUUUCGGAUGAAAAUAAAAUUGCCGGAACUGCCAAUAAGAUGGACAAAAACAAAUCUAAAUUACCUCGUAAUGAAGAUUAUCAAGAAUAUCUACAAGGGUCACUUUCCAGAUAUAUCCAGAACAUGAAAGUCAUGUAGAGUACUCAGGGUAGAGAAGGAAGUUUAGUUAACUCAUUAAACAGUUAUCCUGUUUCAAUAACUGUAAAUGGAAUUAGGAUUCAUGUUGUGGCUCAUGUGAGCAGUUCAGUAGGGUGUGAAUAUGCAUUUAUUGUUAUGCACUCAUAUCCAAAAUCAUGUAAUUGCUUCAAAUUUGUGAAUAUGCAUUUGUUGUUAUGCACUCGUAUCCAAAAUCAUGUAAAUGCU